GCGCCCGCCCGCCGGACCCCAGCGGACCCCAGAGGACCCCAGCGGAGCCCAGCGGACCCCACCGGCCCCGCCGCCAGCAUGACCAACGUGUAUUCCCUGGAUGGUAUCCUGGUGUUUGGGCUACUCUUCGUUUGCACCUGCGCCUACUUCAAGAAGGUCCCCCGUCUGAAAACAUGGCUGCUGUCAGAGAAGAAGGGAGUCUGGGGCGUGUUUUACAAAGCUGCUGUGAUUGGAACCAGGCUGCACGCGGCCGUGGCCGCCUCCUGCGUCGUCAUGGCUAUCUACGUCCUCUUUAUAAAAUGAGUCCCAAGGCCUCCGGCUCAUCAGUCCACCAGGGAGAAACUGCUGGCGACGGAGCUCGGGGCGAGCGGCCCGGGGAGGCCCGCGUCCCUUGUAGGAGAGCUGGACAGAGACCAGCCGAGACCCCGGGAUGACCCCCGAGGACCCCUGCCCCUGCCAAACCCGAGGGAAAAUUCAAUGGGCGCCAGCGUCCCAGCUGCACAGGAAACCGCACCCUUCGACCUCCCACUCCCACCGCCUUCUCUGACCCGUUGAUAAAUUAACCGUCUGCAAAGAGUGUCCCGUGUCCAGGUAUAUAGCACGCCCCUUGGCCAUCUCAUUACUCGGCUCCUGAUUGAGAAUACCUGCCCCUUUACUUUGUUCCUCAGCUGAUCACCCACGCCCCCCGGGAAGACGAACAAGGCCGAGAAGGGAGGAAUUAGGCCAUGUCCAGAGAGUGCUUUCCCUGUCUGCUUUUUCCUGUAUAAUUUGGAUUAUCACUGGGACAAGGCAGGGAGAAGAGGAAAGCCAGAAAACCAUUUGGCUUUGGAAAGUUGCCUUUUCUCUACCUUUUGGGAAUCCCUCCCUCCCCCCCCCCGCCCAUCCCCGACUAUUUUCAUCCCCCUUCGUCUCCAAACCUCAAGUGAGCAGACGAAACAGCUAAAUGAUGAUCGCUUAGUCAUUUUACCACAGGAGUUCUCACUGCCUGGGAUUCAUCCAGAAAACAAGAGACCUAGAGAACAAAGGAUCUUUGUUCUCGCCCACCCAAAAGAGGAGGAAGCCUGAAGACCUGGGCCAGAUCAAAUUGGCAAGGGGAAAGCCCACGAUCCGACCCGACCCGUGGCUGUUUCCCUGCUGCCCCAACAUGUUUUCCAAGACGUCCAGAAUCGAAGCGGCGCGGCUUCUUGGGGUAGAAGAAAAGGGUUUCCAUUUUAAUUGAGACUGGGGGGAAGAGAAAGCAUUAACGAAACUUGUCUUGCUUUUAGGAUGCCAACUCAUCUCUUAGAAAAAAUUGCUACUAGCACCCUGAGGCAAUUGCUUCCACACCGUGACUAGGUGGGCAAUCCAUCCUGGUCCCCUCACUCGUCUCUUGAGCUAUCUCCUGCGAGUUGCACUUUACUUAGGGAGAGUGUUGCCUUUGCACUUUGCCUCAUUCGCAACUGCUCGCUUUGGUUGUUCCACAGCACACCUGAACAGGUGACAGGAGUCAGAUGGGGAGGAGAGUUUUGGGACGAUUUUUUUUUUUCCCUCCUCCCGGGAGUGUAGAAUGUCAGAGGUGGAAGAGGGCUGCCGCUGGAGCAAAGCGAUCUGGCAGAUUUACUCUCCCCUUCGCUAAAAGUGGUAACUCCCAGGUUGAGGUGUCAGCGUCCCACUUUCCGCUGAAGUCUGCCAAGGGAGCGACCGUCAGUGAGCUCAGCACUUUCAGGGUGAAGUAGGUUCAACUGGGCCCCCAAAUCCAUUUAAAAGACGAUCCGGCUGGGCGGUAGGUGGUAUUUGUUAGAUUCGCUACCUAGGGCAAAGGGGGGGUGUAUCCCCAAAUCCUCCCAGAAAGGGGAUCGAUCGUGCAUCCACCCUUCCCCUCCUCCCUCAUGGCCCUGCACUCGAUUCCCUAGAGGGAAGUGGACUGUUAGCAAACACUAAAGGUGUACUUGUCUCAGAGCAGUAGCUAAGCUUCCUGGAGAAUACAUCCAAGGGGGGAAUUUCAGUGGAAGAAGCUGCCUUCCUCAGCUCUUGAACUAGAAAGAAGUCUUCAACUCAAGAUCUCCUUCACAGGGAAGACGGUCAAGAUGCACCUUGUGGGUGUAAGUUUGGGAACCUGUUGGCUGAGGGGGGAGUUUCUCCCAGUAACCCCAGGUUCAGCACGUUUUGCACACGUUCCGUUUGGAAGCUUUAAUGUGUAGUGUUUUCUGAACGGGCGAACACUCUGAACUUUGUACUCUGAGCGGUUUCCAACUUUUGGUUAGUUCCAUUUCCCAGUCUAGUGUCUCCAAACCAAUCUUUCCAGCCCCGCUGGCCCAUCUGCCGGCCCCAAGCCCUUGACCGAUUGUAUUCUGAGGCAGCGGGGUGGGGUCUUACCAAAAUGUGCCCAAAAGCCUAGUGUGAGAGCUACUCGCACGGAGAAGCAAACUUGUCUCCGUCUCUCCCAGCCAUAGGGAGCCAAGAUUGCUUUUCAACUGUGGAGAUCGGCAUCUGAGUUAACAUGUCCUCUACCUGACAGGGAUUGAGUGGCGAUACCCAGAGUUCAUCCCUCCUGGGGUUUGAUGGGGGUCAAAAUUGGUUUUUGUGGUGCUAAGGUGAAAAGAAGGAAAGCUUGCCAGGGUGGAGGCCCUUAGUUACUUUUAUAGUUGAAAUAAAAACUUUUUUUUAUACUCAGUGGUCUGUGCAAAUCCUUGCAAAUAAAAUGUCUUUCCCUACAA